AUGCCAGUCAGCAAAUAUCACAAAGAGGAGUUGGUGAAAGAAGAGCAAGAGGUCAUGGACCAGCUUUAUCGCGGCUUGUUGCACUACUGGAACAAGGAGUCGCGCAAAGACUACCACAACGGAAUGGUCGGCACUCGACGAUUUUAUGAUUUUGAUGACAUGCUCAGUUACGACAUGUUUGGCAACACCAUCCGUGGCAGCUUCAAAGAGCACUUUGACUCCGUCUUCCUGUACUGGAACAACGGCAACAUGGAGUUCAAGGACAUCGAGAUCACUGCUCUGUCCAAGGAAUAUGCCUAUUCCACCAUGAUACAACACACCUGGGGAACAGCUGGCAAUGUGCCGAAGAACGAGGGGCAAUGGAAGUGGAUUCAUGAGCAUCUGAGCUUCCCCACCGACAUGGCCACCAAGGCCGCUGACUUCACCAGCACACUGGAUCCCUUGAAAGCAACCAAGAUGAAAUAG